GUGAAUUUUAACUAUUUAGAAUGGGAAAUAAGCCACAAUAUUAUUAAAAAAUGAUUUUUAUUAACGUUUCGACGCCCAAUAGUAUUUUGUAUUUUGACAACGGCACCCGAUUUGGGCGUCGAAACGUUAAUAAAAAUCAUUUUUUAAUAAUAUUGUGGCUUAUUUCCCAUUCUAAAUAGUUAAAAUUGUAAAAAUGCCACAAGAAAAUAGCUUCAGAACAACAUGAAAAGUGAAUGAUUCAGAUAAAAUUAUAAAAGCACUCUUGUUGGUUUUUAGCCCAAGCCAAACAAUGGCAGAAAAUCGAGUUACGCCACUGGUGAUAGUAAACACGUGAUAAAUCCGCUCUGUAAGAAAACUUCGAAAUAACGGAAACUUACAAGUAGAAAAUUGCGAAAUUGUGACCAUUGGAAAAUUGGAACACUUAGCAGUGAAUGUGAGUGAAAUACGAAGCCAAAAACAAGAUUUAGUAAGUCAAAAUCGUUUAUAAUAAAAAUAGAAAUAACCUUGAAACUUGCACAUGGAAUAGAUAUUUUGACAUCCGCACUUUUGAGGUGUGUCAAAUGUCUUACGCCUGAUGUGCAUAGAGCAAACAAACUGUACGGUAACCACAGAACACAUUAUUACAUAGUUACAUAUAUUACGCCGACAGAGUAGGCAACACAUAAUACUUACAAAACAAGAGUGAAGUACGCCGAUAGCGUAUGCAACACAAACUCAGCAAUAGUAAAUUAUCGAAUAAAACAUUAUCAAUUAAAUAUGAGUUUUCAAAAAGAACAAAUAAUAGAAAUUAAAGAAUUCAUAAAGGAACUGAUCGCCGAAAAUGAAGAGGAAAUGAUGAAAGAAACAAGAGAUCUAAUCAGAGAAGUGAAAGAAAUGAAUCAGAUGUAUAAGGAUGAAAUAAAAAGACUAAUAGAAGAAAAUGUGCAGAUGAAAAAAGAGAUAAAGGAAAUACGAGCUAAAGUGAACUACAUAGAGGAAGUAGAAAAUAGAAUAGAAACGAAUGAUAGGGAAAACAGGAAAAACAAUAUAAUCAUAAACGGAUUGGAUAUACCAAAUAUUAACGAAAAAGAAAUAGAAGACCAUGUCAAAAACUUCGUCGAUAAGGAAUUAAAAGUUGCAAUAAAUAAUGCAAAAGUAAGAAAAAUCAAGAACAAAACAUACUUGGUCAAAGUAGAUAACUUCCCAAAAAAAUUGGAAAUAAUGAAAAAUAAAACACUACUAAUGAGAGGAGAACACAAACAGGUUUAUAUAAAUAAUGAUCUGACUGUAAAAGAAAGAGUAAUCCAAAAUAAACUCAAAAUAAUUGCAGAAAAAAAGAGAGAAGAAAACAAGAAAGUAAAAAUAGGAUAUCAAAAAUUAAUAAUCAAUGGAGAAAAAUGGAUAUGGAGUACAAAAAAUAAUGAAUUGAUACAAGAACAAAGAAGCAAUAACACGCAAACAAAAAACUGGCUACAAUAACCACAUGGAAAAGAGAUGGCAAGACAUCAACGGAAACGACGAGGCAAAGAACAGGAAAUGAAAAUGGUAAGAGUAAUAAACAAACAAUUUGGAGACUAGCAACGUGGAAUGUGAGAGGACUAAAUGGAAAAGAGGCAGAAUUAAGCUAUGAGUUUGAUAGAAACAGAAUAGAAAUACUAGGAAUAACAGAAACCAAAAAGAAAGGCAAUGGAGAAAUGUAUUUGGAAGGUGGACAUAUUCUCAUAUACAGCGGUGUGCCAAACGAAAAAAAAGCAGCAGCGGGAGUGGGAUGUGUAAUACAUAAAGACAGAAUAAAGCACAUACAAACAUGGGAAAGUUGGACAGAAAGAAUACUUACAGUAGAGAUGAAGGAUGAAGGGGAAGAAAACCUAACCAUAAUCACGGUGUAUGGCCCAGAUGAAAAUGAGAAAAAGGAAAUAAAGGACAAAUUCUGGGAAGACCUCAACAUAGCCGUAGAAAACAGUAAAGGAAAUAUAUUUAUUAUUGGAGAUUUUAAUGGUAGAGUAGGAACCAAGGAUAUGUCGACAUCUGAUGUAAUUGGAAAAUAUGGUGAGGAGGUGAGAAAUAACAAUGGAAGAAGAUUAAUAGAAUUUUGUGAAUUAAAUAGCCUAAUAGUAACAAACACACAUUAUGAGCAUAAAAAUAUUCAUAAAUUUACAAGACAAGGACCAAGAGAAACGGAAAAAUCAAUAAUCGACUACAUACUGAUAGAACGCAAUAAUAGAAGGGCACUCCAAGAUAUAAGAGUUAGAAGAGGACCGGAAAUAAGCAGUGACCACUACUUAUUAGAAGCUAAAAUAAAACAUAGGAUAGAACCCCAAACUAGAGCAGCAGAAAAUAGAAAAAAGAUUGAGUCCGAAACAAUUAAAAACUAUAAGCUUAGAGACAAACAAAUAGCUCAAAAAUACGAAGAACUGACAAACUUAAAAAUAACAAACUUGAUGAGACCAAUACAGGUAAGCAAUUUGGAACAAAAAUGGCAACUACUCAAAGGUAUAUUAAUUGAAACGGCAAGAGAAGCGUGUGAGGUGUACAGGAAAAACAACAAAACUAAACAAACGAGCUGGUGGAAUGAUGAAAUCAAAAACCAUGUAAAAAUGAAGAAGAAAAUGUGGGAAAAGUAUUUAGGGAACAAAACCGAGGAAAAUUACGAUAGAUACAAAGAAGAAAGAAAGAAAGUAAGAGACAUGAUAAAAAUAGAAAAAGAAAAGACCUGGAUACAAUUCGGACAACAGAUGGAAUACAAUAGUAAAGAAAAUCAGAAAGUUUUCUAUCGAACAAUGAAAAAUAUAAGAAUAGACAAACCAACAAGAGAUACAAGAAUAAAAAACACAGAUGGAACAAUAAUAAGAGACGAUCAAGAAAUAAUGGAACGAUGGAAGCAACACUUUCAAGAACUACUAACUAGUAAUGAAGUAAACAGAGAAGAAAACAACGAAGAAAAUGAAGAAAGAACAGAACAGGAAGAAAACACAGAUGAAAUAACAAACGAAGAAAUAGAAACAGCAAUAAAGAAACUUAAAAAUGGGAAAUCUCCUGGACAUGAUAGAAUAACACCAGAAAUGCUGAAGUAUAUGGGACUGGAAGGUAGGAAAUUGCUCAGAGAAAUAUGCAAUGAGGCAUGGAAGAAAGAAGAAAUACCGUCGGACCGGGAGAUGGGAGUAAUACUGCCCAUACAUAAGAAAGGAGAUAUCAAAGAAUAUAACAAUUAUAGAGGAAUUACACUACUAUGUACGGCACUGAAAGUAUAUGAAACAGUAUUAGAACAAAAGCUGAAGAAUAUAAUAGAAACGACACUAGAAGAAGCCCAGAGUGGUUUCCGGAAAGGACGAGGGGUGCAAGAUCACAUACAGUCGGAAAAAUGAAAGAAUACCCAUGAACGAACAUAUAAAACACGCUGUAUUUUCCUUUCACCGUAUCACAAAGGAAAUUGUCCAGUGCAAGUAGAUGUAACAAUAAUUAUUACAUGUACUUUUGCUGGCCAAUUUUUUGUGUGACACAGUGACCGGAAAAUACAGCGUGUUUUAUAUGUUCGUUCAUGGGUAUUCUCUUAUUUUUCCGACUGUAUUCACAGUGAAGCAAAUAACAGAAAAAACACUACUGACUAAAACCAAAGCGUACAUGGCCUUCAUCGACCUAGAAAAAGCAUUCGACAGAGCGAAAAGAGAAACAAUAUGGAACAGUCUAAUUAGAAGAGGAGUUGAUAGAAAACUAAUAGAAGUCAUCAAAAGUCUAUAUAUAUAUAUA